GGCCCCUCCCUGCCGACGGGCCGCGUUGCCCGGGCAGCGCCGGCCGAGCUGAGCCGGGGCGGUGAAGCGGCGGAGCCUCCCCCGGCACCGGGCCCGUCCCCUCCGUGGAGACCUUGGGCAGCCAGGACGCGAGGGAAGGCAGGGAGGGCUGGGUGGGCUGCGCUGGGCGACCCUGCUGGAGCGGGGUUGGGAUUCUUCUCCGUGGCUGGUUCCCGAGGACACAUCAGCACGCACAGGUCCUUGUAACUGAAUUUGAAAAGACCAUGCCUCUUCCAGAAACCAUGUUUUGUGCUGAGCAGAUCAAAAUCCCCCCCGAGCUACCAGAUAUUCUGAAGCAGUUUACCAAAGCUGCUAUCAGGACUCAACCUCGUGAUAUUUUGCAGUGGUCAGCUGCGUACUUUACAGCACUGUCAAAAGGUGAAGCCCUUCCUGUGAAGGAGAGGAUGGAAACACCUUUAGCAAAACAGAAAGAAGAUGCUGGUUUGACCCCAGGGCUCCUUAAAGUCUUGCAUAAACAGCUUUCUCCGAAGGGCAUGGUAAGCAUUGAAGAACUGAAGGAGAAAUGGAAACACCUGUGCUUGCCCGAGGAGCAGCUGGAAGCUAUCCUGCAGUUGGACGUCUUUGAUGAAGAGGUGGAGUGGAUGAAGAUCCUGGCACUGGGGUGCAGUGUGCUUGGUGAGUCCUUGCUGAGUUCAAUGAAGCAUGCCUGCGAAAUUUUAACAAAGGACCCAGAAGGUGGAGCGGCUCGCGUUCCCUUCGAAACAUUCUCCUACCUUUACUCCUAUUUGGCCAGUAUUGAUGGAGAGAUACAGGAUGAGAAAAUUCAAGAGUUCCUCAAUGGAAUUAAAGAACAAGCUGACCAACAAGAUGGCAUGGUACAGCUCAGAAACUUUCUGAGCCAGCCCUCAACACUGGUUUGAUCAAGCCUACCUUUCUGGACCAGGGGAGGGUGGAAAAAAUAAACAGGAGUAAGUAGCAUACAAGAAGAUUCUUUUCUCCAGGACUCUUCCUUUUUUGAAGUUACCCUUUAUCAGAUGUUAAUUGAAUAUGUGGUUAUAUUGAUCUCCUGCCUCUCAAAUAGAUGCUGACAGCUUGA